UCAAUCUUUUCAACAACCAAGACAUCCCUUGACAAAAGAGAAAAUGGCAUUAUACCUUAUUGGUUUAGGUUUAUAUGAUGAAAAAGAUAUUUCGUUAAGAGCAUUUGAAAUUAUCAAAUCAGCUUCUUAUAUUUAUUUAGAAUGCUAUACUUCAAUUCUGUUUUGUGACAAGGAUCGAUUAGAAACAUUUUAUGGUCGAGAAAUUCAAUCGAUGGAUCGAGAAUCUGUCGAGUCCAAGUGCGACCAUAUGCUUGAGCAGGCUAAGACUUCUACAGUGGUUCUUCUUGUUGUGGGCGACCCCUUAUGUGCCACAACCCACUCGGACUUACUUUUUCGAGCUAAAACGUUAAAAAUAAAAACUUACGUUAUUCAUAAUGCUUCUAUGAUCAACGCUGUUUCCAGUUGCGGGCUUCAAGUUUAUUUGUUUGGUGAAGUUGUUUCUAUUCCCUUUUUCACUGAAAAUUGGAUACCUGAAAGCGUUUACGAGAAGAUUCAGAAAAAUAUGCUUUCUGGACUUCAUACAUUAUGCUUACUUGAUAUCAAGGUUAAAGAACAAACUGUAGAAAAUCUUAUGCUACAGAAUUCUAUAUACGAGCCACCAAAAUUUAUGACAAUUCCUCAAGCCAUCGAUCAGCUUUUUUCAUUAGAAAACACGAAAAAACAAAUGGUGUGUCAGCCGCAUACCAAAGCUUUUGGAAUGGCCCGCAUUGGAAAUCUUCAAUCACAACUUAUUGUUAGCGGAACUCUGGAGGAAUUGCAAUCGUAUGAUUUUGGACCCCCAUUACACUCCUUAGUGAUAUGCUCUCCUAAACUACACGACAUGGAGGAAGCCUUUUAUAACCUCCAUAAUAUAAGGUUCAAGUCUAUUUUACCUUGCAUAGAUGGUAACCAUUUCUCGAUAAAAUAAGUUUUAUUUUAUAUCUCCCACACUUUCCGCUAUGUCUCUAAAUAUCAGGAAAUAGACAGUGACUCCCUUUCAUAACGUUGCAAUGACAAAAAAAAUAGUUUCAUGUUAAUUUUCUUUAUAGCUCGUACUUGACAUGUCAUUUUUACUUAUUAAUGAUGUUUGUCGCAAAACCAUUUCUUAUAAGCUAUACGAGACAUCAGCAGACUAUCUAUGAAGAGAUAAGCG